UAUCUUCUUCUUCUUCUUCUUCUUCUCCCACACACACCAUGUCACUCAAGCGAAGAAGGACCCACGCUCCCAAGCCCGCCCUAGACUACGACGUCAUCUGCGAGCAUUGCUCCUCCGGCGACUCCCCGGCGGAGCUUCUCCUCUGCGACAAAUGCGAUCGAGGCUACCACCUCUUCUGUCUCCGACCUAUCCUUCCUUCCGUUCCCAAAGGCUCUUGGCUCUGCCCCUCUUGUUCCCACAGUGACACCAAGAAACCAAAAUCAUUUCCACUUGUUCAGACCAAAAUCAUUGACUUCUUUAGAAUUAAACGGUCUUCGGAGGAAACCUUAACUUCAAUUCAAGAUGUUCGGAAGAAGCGGAAGCGGGGAAGCAGCGUGGCUUUGUUGAAGAAGAAGAAGAGGAAGCUUCUUCCGUUCGUUCCCACCGAGGAUCCUAAGAGAAGGUUAGAGCAGAUGGCAUCGCUGGCUACAGCACUGAUGGCGACAAAAGCGGUGUUCAGCAAUGAGCUUACUUACAUUCCUGGUAUGGCGCCAAGAUCUGCUAAUUGUCCUGCUUUGGAGAGUGGUGGGAUGCAGGUCUUAUCAAAAGAAGACACAGACACUUUAAACUUGUGCAGAACUAUGAUGAAAAGAGGAGAAUGCCCACCCCUCAUGGUUGUUUUUGAUCCUCUAGAAGGAUUCUGUUUGCGCAGGUUCACUGUUGAGGCAGAUAGAUUCAUAAGAGAUUUAACCAUAAUCACAGAAUAUGUUGGAGACGUGGACUUUUUAAAGAAUAGGGAAAAUGAUGAUGGGGAUAGCAUGAUGACACUUCUUUCUGCUUCUAAUCCCUCCCAAACGCUUGUCAUCUGUCCAGAUAAACGAAGCAAUAUAGCACGCUUCAUCAAUGGCAUAAACAACCACACACCGGAAGGGAAAAAGAAGCAGAACCUGAAGUGUGUGAGAUUUGAUGUCAAUGGUGAAUGCCGGGUUCUUUUAAUUGCUAACAGAGAUAUAUCAAAAGGGGAGAGACUGUACUAUGACUACAAUGGAUACGAACAUGAAUAUCCAACUGAACAUUUUGUCUAAGCAAGCCAACUCCAACCAAGGUCAUCAUUCCCCCACCCCUUCUCUCUUCUAAUUUAGUUGAUUGAUUCAAUUGUUAGUCAUCAUCUACAGGGAAUGGCAAUCAUUAACAGUUAUUCUUGUAAUCUCCACUCAUGCGUAAUUGCUUAUCCAAAUCAGCCCCCAUAGUUGUUCGUGUUAAGAGUUACUGAUUAUACUUUUUGUUGGCAUUGAGAUAUAUGGUCUCCAACAGGCAACAGGAAGGCUCUCAAAUAUAUUGAUAACAAUGAGAUU